UUUUCAGCCCAUCCAGUCAUGACAGAUGUUGGCGUCGCGCGGUUACAUCGUGAUGAAGUGGCACAUUUGCUGAAAGGGUUGCCGUGUUGGUCUGGCGGGGGUGCAUUGGAGGCUACAAGUUGUAACGAGACAGAGUGGCACCAGAUUUUCAUUGUACGAAAUGAAACGUCGAAAGUGGUCGCAAGCAUUCCAUCCUGGCGGGGUUUGGAUCUCGAGAGUAAGAUCUUGGCGUCCGAAGCGCUGGGCGCCGUAGAUCAGUUGGGUCCCAGGCAUGUGGCAACACAUCGGUCAGGCGAGAUGAUCGUCUUGGUGGAUGAAUUUUUGGAAGGUGGCACUCUGAGCGUUGAUGAUCUCACAUCCACGACUCUUCAGGAUGUUGGACGGCUCUAUGCCAGGCUCCACCGGAGCGAUGUUGGGUGGUUCAAUCCUAUCCGGCAGCAGCUGAUGGAGUCACAGUUGCUGACGGCAGCUGAGUGCGACUGGGCUGGCUGCUUGUGGCUGCUCCCACGGUUGCAGCGCCUGGUGCCGGAGAAGAAUGCUGAGCAGCUUGCCGCCGAAGGCAUCGACUGGCAUUUCGUGGCGGAGGAGAUUCGUGCUCUACCGUCGAAUGAUGCACUUCCUCGCAAGGGCGUGACCACUUCAACAGUGUGCGUCCAUGGCGAUGCUCAUUUGGGCAACAUCAUGUGGCACAGGGGCCAGCUGAGAUUGAUUGACUUUGACAUGACAGCAGUGGGUCCCGCGGGUGCUGAUUUGGCAUACCUGGUCCUGAUGCUGUUUCGUUGCGGCUUCAGCCCUGAUGCAGUGGCAAGUGUGGAGGCGCAACGGUGCUUUGCUGAAGGAUAUUUGUUGGGUAUGGCUUUGGAUGCUUCAGAACAAGCACUGGAGGACUUCCUGUUUGAUAUGCACCGAUGGGCCUACAUUGGUCUGCUGCAGAUGGGUCUGCUUUGUGCAGUGCUUAUGAACAACAAAGGGGACCCGCGCAAGCGCCAAUUAAUGCAUGAGCGGGGCCCGGUGUUGCUGCAUCCCAAGUUCCUGUCAAAGGCAAAGGAAGUCCUGCGCCUGGCUGUGACGGAAAAGAUGGUGCGGGAGCGUCUCAUCAAGGAGGGCCUGUUCUUCGUGACCCUUUCGCAGUGGCUCUCCUAGGUGCAGCAUGGCAUGGCGGGAUUCCGGAACAGCGACAAAAAGCUUGGAGAACGUGCUGGGCAACCUGGUGGCUGGCUGGACCCACAGGUUUUUUCACCUUGAACCAGGCAAAGACGACCCGUUUUUCUUUUGCUUGUUUAGCUCGCUCUGAAUGGCGACCGGCGGCGGCAGGGUGCUGAUUUGGGCUGUCACCCCCUGCUGGAAGACUGCAUCCAACUGGAGAACUGGAAGAGAAUUGGAAGAAAA